AUGGCUCUUCUUGCUCAGAUGCGCCGCGCACUUUCGCUGGCACGCGUUGUUUACCUAUUUGAAUUUUUUAAGCUUAUGAUCUUUCUAUGCCCUGGAGCUAGACAUAAUUACCACGCCAUGACUGUUGAAUCUGAAAGCAAAAGACAGAAAACCGACAGCGAAUGGUUUCCUCCUUCUGUGACGCACAUGGAAAGUCCUUUUUCUUACUCGACUUCCACGUUCCACUCCGAAAUUCCAAAGACCGUCUUGACAAACCGAAACGAACCAGUAUACCUUGGAGUUGAUGAGGCCGGGAGAGGACCUGUAAUGGGACCAAUGGUCUAUGGAAUAUCGUAUUGUCUUGAAUCUUACCUGAAAGAACUUAAAAAAUUCGGCUUUGCAGAUUCGAAGACCUUGAAAGAAGACAAGAGACAGCAGCUCUUUGAAAUAAUAGAAGAGCAUGAUCACGAAUUAAAUGACAACGUUGGAUGGGCUACCUGCACUAUGACUGCCAAGGAUAUACUGAGUGGGAUGUUACAGUCCAGCCAUGGUAAGGGUGCCUACAAUUUGAAUGAACAGGCCCAUGAUACAACCAUACAACUUAUUAAACAGGUAUUAGCCAAGGGAGUUAAUUUAAAGUACAUCUACGUGGAUACAGUUGGUCCACCUGCAAGUUAUCAGGUGAAACUACAGAAGGAGUUUCCAAACUGUUCUAUAACUGUAGCCAAGAAAGCUGAUAGCAUAUACCCCAUAGUAAGUACAGCGUCGGUAGUUGCUAAGGUGACGCGUGAUUUUAACUUGAAAUACUACUUGCAAAAUUUGGAAUACUUGCAAGGACAGUCGAUUGGAUCAGGAUAUCCGUCUGAUCCCAACACCAGCCGUUGGCUCAAUGGGAACGUUGACAAGGCAUUUGGAUGGAAUUUUGGGUUGAUUAGAUUUCUGUGGCAGACAGCAAAGGAUUCUCUAGUUAAACAUGGGGCACAUGAGGUGAUAUAUGAGGAAGAUUGUAUUAAGCAGGACUCAGGUUACGUUGAGAUAGACAGCUUUUUCUGUGAGAAUCCACAAACUGAUAAAUUAAAGAAUGACUUUUAUGGUAAAGCGGUAAGCUUAUAA